ACGUCUCCGUCUAAAAAGUGAGUACUGUCACAUCUAUAAAAGCGACAGUGCUCAAGUCCAAGGCGCUGCAAUGGCGAUCUCGGCAGUAAUUGGAUGGCGGAUUGUGUUCGUUGUCUUGGCCUGUACGAUGGCUACAUCUAUCGCUUACACCAUCGCCAUCGAUGGCUCUCCUUUCCGCACGGAAAAUUUCUCGCGGUUAAUGGUGGCAACCAUAAUUGACAUUUCUAUCAGCACCGUAGCCAUUGCGACAUGGAUUUCCUAUAAGGAACCAAACUGGAUUGCUUCAACAAUUUGGAUUGUUUUUCUUGUAUGUCUUGGCAGCAUUACCACUUGUGCCUAUAUUCUUUGCCAGUUGUGGCAACUAUCGUCCCACGAAUCCUUUAAAGAUAUUAUGUACCAUGUUCUGAUCAACAAUCCGAACAAGAAAGGCAUGGAACAGCACAGGAAGCACUCCAAUGUUAUGAUUGCAAAAAUAAUUUACAGUGUUUUGGGUUGUUUGAUGGCGGUAAAUUUAGUAUAUCUUUUCAGUGAUGGUAGGCCUUUCCGCAAGGAGAUUUUUACGCCUUGGAUGGUAACAACACUCAUCGAUUACUUCAUACUUGUCACAGUUUUGUCAGUAAGAUCUGGAUGUUCUAUAAAGAAGAAUCCUGGCUUACUGCAAUUUUUUGGAUAGUUCUAGUACAGACUCUUGGGAGCACCUCUACAUGUCCCUUCAUUGUUAAGGAAUUGUUCAAGCUCAACUCCGAGGAUCCAGCCCACCUUAUUUUAUUCAAAGCUUCCCACAGGUUGGGUUAUCAACAAAUUAUUCAAUGAGAUCGUCGGGAUGUGGCUACCAAUGUAGAUCUAAAAAUAUGGAUGUCUUGUGUAUUAAAUAUACGUUAUAGUGAAGUUAGAGCGGUUUAACUUACUCCAAGAUCGAUGUAUCUUUGUCAUAUGCCA